AAGAUCCUCACGGUUCUGUUCGCAGCCCGAGAGCGCUGUCGUUUUUGCACGAAACAGCGCAGGAUGGGCACCAGGCUGCGCACGUCUUCGUGCUGGGGUUUAUUUUCAUUCAAAGACAUCUCUAUGGAGUUCACCUGGGAAGAGUGGCAACUUCUUGAUUCCACGCAAAAGUAUCUGUACAGGGAUGUCAUACUGGAAAACUAUAGCAACCUGGUAUUUGUGGGGUAUCCUGGGUCUAAACCUGAUUUAAUCUUCAAAUUGGAGCAAGGAGAAGAGCCCUGUGUGAUCAGUUCUACAGUUUUCUACCCAUACUGUCUAGAAGACUGGAGAGAAUGCUAUCAGAAAAAUGAAGGUAACUUUUAUAGCAUUGAGAGAAUCUAUGCUUAUAAUGCAUUUGGAAGACUUCUGAAUAAAACCUACCUUUCUUCAAGACAAAGACUCCAUAGGUAUAAUACACGUGAAAAAAGCUUGACUCAAAACUUAGGUUCAACCAGAAGCUACUUAAAAAAAAACACUGACAAGUUUUGUGGAUAUAAAGAGUCAUAUUUCCUUAAGCAUCAACUAACUUAUGGUACAGACAAAAAAUGUGUGUGCAGUGAAUGUGGGAAAGCUUUCCGUUGUAAAUCACAGCUUGUUGUACAUCUCAGAAUCCAUACAGGAGAGAGACCCUAUGGAUGCACUAAAUGUGAAAGAGCCUUCAGUGCUAAGUCAAACCUUAAUGCUCAUCAGAGAGUUCAUACAGGAGAAAAGCCCUACUCCUGCCGUGAAUGUGGGAAAGUCUUCUCUUUCAGAUCUCAGCUCAUUGUUCAUCAGGAGAUUCACACAGGACGAAAACCUUAUGGUUGUAGUGAAUGUGGAAAAGCCUACAGCUGGAAGUCACAGCUUAUUUUGCACCAGAGAAGCCACACAGGGUUGAAACCCUAUGAAUGUAGUGAAUGUGGGAAAGCCUUUAGUUUGAAGUCACCAUUUGUUGUACACCAGAGAACUCACACGGGAGUAAAGCCCCAUAAAUGCAAUGAAUGUGGGAAAGCAUUCAGGAGUAAAUCAUACCUUCUUGUUCAUAUAAGAAUGCAUACGGGAGAGAAGCCCUAUCAAUGUAAUGAUUGUGGGAAAGCUUUCAACAUGAAGACACAACUUGUUGUACAUCAGGGAAUUCACACAGGAAAUAACCCUUACCAAUGCAGUGAAUGUGGAAAAGCCUUUGGAAGAAAAGAACAGCUCACUGCACAUCUAAGGGCUCAUGCAGGAGAGAAGCCUUAUGGGUGCAGUGAGUGUGGAAAGGCUUUCAGUAGCAAAUCAUACCUUGUGAUACACAGAAGAACACACACAGGAGAGAGACCCUAUGAAUGUAGUUUCUGUGAGAGAGCCUUUUGUGGGAAGUCACAGCUCAUUAUACAUCAGAGAACUCAUUCAACAGAAAAGCCUUAUGAGUGCAAUGAGUGUGAGAAGGCAUAUCCUAGGAAGGCAUCGCUUCAGAUACACCAGAAAACUCAUUCAGGAGAGAAACCAUUUAAAUGUAGUCAAUGUGGGAAGGCCUUCACUCAGAAGUCAUCUCUCAGUGAACAUCAGAGAGUUCAUACAGGAGAGAAGCCAUGGAAGUGUCCUGACUGUGGAAAAUCCUUCUGUUGGAAUUCAGGGCUCCGGAUACAUCGGAAAACUCACAAAUGAAAAUAUAAAUUGUAUGCUAGAAGGAUUCUCAUUUCAGGAGACUUGAAAUGAUACAGACAAGGGGCCGGAGUGAUAAUAUUGCAGGUAGAGCACUUG